AUGACAAAUGAUGAAGUGGAAAUUUGGAUAUUUGUCAUUUUACUUAGUAAAGCAGUUUUGCGACGUACAAAUUCCAUUGACGAGACUGGUGAAAUAGUCUGGUAUUUAGCCCUUUCCUUGCUUCUGGCAUGGCUGAUAACUGGGUUGGCGCUCUGUCAAGGAAUCAGAUCUUCAGGAAAGGUAGUUUAUUUCACUGCAACAUGUCCUUACCUGCUUAUACUUAUGCUAAUGAUUCGAGGAGCUACGCUGGAAGGAGCCCGGAAUGGAAUUGAGUACUAUAUUGGAAGACAAUCAGAUUUCUCAAAAUUGGCUGAAGCUGAGGUUUGGAAAGAUGCCGCAACACAAAUAUUCUAUUCUACUGCGGUGGCAUUGGGGGCUAUAACUGCACUAUCAUCUUACAACAGAUUCGACAAUGAUUGUUACAAAGAUGCAGUCAUUAUCUCUUUUGUUAAUUGUAGUACAAGUCUGUUUGCUGGAUUUGCCAUCUUUGCUAUCCUUGGGCACAUGGCUUAUGUUCAGGAUAAGUCUGUUCAAGAAAUUGUGGAAUCAGGUUUUGGUUUAGUUUUCAUUGCCUACCCAGAUGCACUUGGACUCCUGCCAGUAUCAUCAUUCUGGUCUAUAAUAUUUUUCUUAAUGCUUCUCACGCUGGGAAUAGACAGUCAGUUUGCAAUGAUGGAAACAAUUACAACAAGUAUAACAGAUGCGCUGCCUAAUUUUAUGCAAUCAAGAUACCUUUCUUUGAUAAUCAUCCUUUGCAUAUCAUUCUAUUUUCUUGGUCUCAUAUUUGCAACACAGGCUGGUAUUUACUGGGUGCAAUUACUUGACCAUUUCUCUACUGGUUUGACACUACUUAUAACGGCUAUAUUGGAACUUGUUGGUAUAAUCUUCAUUUAUGGGGGAAACAGAUUCAUUGAGGACAUUGAAAUGAUGAUUGGUAAAAAGAGAUGGUACUUCUGGCUGUGGUGGAGAAUAUGUUGGUUUUUAAUUUCUCCUUGCCUAAUAACAGGAAUCUUAAUCUGGUCGGCUGUCACAUUUCACCCACCGCAAUAUGGAUCAUUUGAGUACCCAAUGUGGGCAAUACUAUUUGGCUGGUGCGUAUUUCUCUUCUGUGUUAUUUGGAUUCCAAUUCUGGCAAUUGUGAAAAUUACCCAAGCUAAGGGCUCCAACUUAUAUGAGGUAACUUUAUAA